CAUGUUGUAACGCCCCCUCAUAGAAGGCUAUAUAAUUGUGUGAAAAAGGAAGAAGUCUGGCUUUUGGCUUGGGGUUGGAUCAUGAGGAGUAUGGAGGUAGGGUAAGGAAGGCAUCGAAACGAACCUGAAGCUGCCAUUGACACUAUGGCAUCCAAUUGUGGUCCCCCUAAAUGUUCUUCCUUAGUUCCUUUCAAAAGCCACUCUAGGCUUCCAAUUUCCAGGGCCUUCUCUGCCUGUAGCAGUUGCCAAUUAAGGAGACAUCAAAUCAGCCAGUGCCAGGCUAAAGCCUGUCUACCGAAUGCCUGCCACCCAGUUCCCUAUCGCUCUCCUAUCUAUCUUCUGAACAACUUCAGUGUAUUUUCCUGUCGAUCCAGCUGUGGUGAGGGCAACUUUGAUAGCAAUGAGAAAGAGACCUUGCAUAUGUUAAAUCAGCGCCUGGCUAACUACCUGGAGAAAGUGAGAGACCUAGAGCAGGAGAAUACCAGCCUAGAGUGCAAGAUCCGGGAGCUGCAUGAAAAACAGACUCCCAUUGUGUGUCCUGAUUACCUCUCUUAUUUCAAGAUCAUAGAGGAGCUUCAGCAAAAGAUCUUGUGCACCAAAGCUGAAAAUUCCAGGCUGGUCUCCCAAAUAGACAACACAAAAGUGACUGCUGAUGACUACAGAGCAAAAUACGAAAUUGAAGUGUCCCAGAGGCAACUGGUAGAAACUGACAUCAACAGCCUCCAUCAAAUUCUGAAUAAGCUGACCCUGUGCAAGGCUGACUUGGAGGGGCGAGUUGAGUCUCUGAAGGAGGAACUGCUUGACCUCAAACACAACCAUGAAAAGGAAGUGAAUUCAUUACAAUGCCAACUUGGUGACAGACUCAACAUAGAAGUGAAUGCUGCCCCUUCUGUUGACCUGAAUGAGGCACUGCAAAAAAUGAGAUGCAAAUAUGAGUCUUUGGUUGAGACUAACCGCAGAGAUGUUGAAGAAUGGUUCAAUAUUCAGUUGCAGGAACUGAGCCAACAGGUGAUAUCCAGCUCAGAACAGCAGCAAUGUUUCCAGAAGGAGAUCUGUGAUCUGAGACGCACCAUCAGUGCUCUGGAGAUCGAGCUGCAGGCCCAGCACAGCCUGAGGGCUUCUCAAGAAGGCAUCCUGACAGAAACAGAGGGUCGCUAUUCCAUUCAGCUAGCCCAGUUCCAGUGUUUGAUUGAGAAUGUGGAGUCCCAGCUGGCUGAAAUCCGAUGUAUGCUGGACAGGCAGAAUCAAGAGUACCAGGUCCUACUGGAUGUGAAGUCCAAGUUGGAGUGUGAGAUAGCCAGAUAUCGACAUCUUCUGGAGAAUACUGAGUGCAGGCUUCCAUGCAAUCCAUGUGCCAUGGAAUGUAAACCUUCACCUUGUAUGCCUUGCAAAUCCCAGACCUUGGAAUGUAUGACCCCAGUUGAUAUAUCAUGCAAGCCAUGCAAUCCUUGUGUAUCUUCAGUUUGCAAUGCAAGAGCUAAGCCCUGCAGUUUCUACUCAACCCUCCCUGGGAUCCUGGCCAGAAUCUAUACCCUCACCCAGGAAUUCCAGGAUGGGAAGGUCAUUUCUUCUCGAGAAUAUGUACAACCUUGUUUCAUCCCUCGUUUCCGAGCCCAGUUUGCCAAUGGAGACAAAGAAGGCAUCAGCUGAAUGAAUGAGAUGAUACUACAUAUCCCAUUUACAAUAUUUCAAAAACACUGCCUUCUCUGUCCCCUUGAAGGUUUUCAGUAUCUAACUCCUGUAGUGUACUUCUAUUAUAAACUUCAGAUUUUCCUACUUUUCAAUAUAAACUCAUAAUAUCCUAGAUUUAGAUAAAAGCAUAGACCAGAGUUUAGAGAUUAUCUAGUUCAACAUUCUUAUUUUUCAGAGGAGGCCGGGAUCCAGAAAGCUUGUUAUCUGCUCAAAGUCAAUAAAUUUAAUUUGAUUCAAUUCAAUGAGCAUUUAUUAAGCAUCUACUGUAUGCUAAGCAUUGUACUAGAUGUGAAAGUACAGACAAAAUAAAGCAAUAAGAAUGAUGAUAAUAUCUAGCAUUUAUAAAGCACUUAAAGGCUUGCAAGAUGUUUUACUUAUUCAUUCAUUGAAUAGUCACAAUUCUAUGAUGUUAGCAUGGCAUGCCUAUAACAGAGUAAAUGUUUAGUGUUUAUUGAAUAACUGAUGUUGAUGCUGUUAUUAAAGCCCAUUUUACAAAUAAGGAAACUGAUAGACACAGAGAGUAAGCGACAUGCUCAGAAUCGCACAGAUAUUACAUGUCUAAGGCAGAAUUUGAACUGACUCAAGUACUACAGUCUAUCUACUGUGUUGCCUAGCUGCCCUAAAAUCUUUGCUUUGAAGAAACCUGCUGUAGUUAUAAAAGAGUAUGGACUUAGAGUCAGAGGAUGUGGUUGUACAUCCAAUUCAGUUAAUUGCCACCUGUAUGCUCUUGAACAAGUCAUUUCCUGUCUCUGGGUUAUAAAACACAUCUACAAUGGUAAUAAACACAAACUAUUUGCAAAGCCAGUUAAGUGAAAGGGAGUGGAGUGGAGAAGGAGGGUAUUGCAUCUAUAAGAGUCAAAGCUCAGAAACAAAAACAGCCCAUCCUUGGACUCCAAAUCUGCCAGAUGACCUGAAGCAUCUUUAUUAUUGUCUCAAUAAAUCACAUUUCUCUGGCCAAGCAUUUUGUAUACACAUGAGUCCUAAUACUUACUUAAUAAAUGCCCAGAAUGAUGAACUAAGCUAUUUGACUUCACAGAUACCAAGCAAUCCACCUCCCUUUUGCAUAUCCAGGUCUUGUUUAUUUACCUCCACACCGAAGCUGGUCAGACAAGUUCUUUCACAAGAAUUAUUUUUGGCCAUGACACAGGAAGAUGAAAAUAUAAAACUAGAUAUUCCAAACUCAACCUCCUAAGUAGCUCUUUUAAUAAAGACUGGGUGUGUGAAUUUAUUUUUAUUGGGAACUCCUGGAUGAGUGCUGGUCAUUAUCUUCUAGUUUUAGAGAAUUACUUAAAACACUGAGAGGUUAAAUGUCUUCUCUAGAUUCCAAAGUCUAGACAAGUCAAAGCCUAGAACAACAAGAGCAUUCUGAAGAGAGAUUAAAAAUAUCUUCUAGGCUUCUUUCUGUUCUUUGGGGCUCAGGGGCAUCUGGAGGUGAUGCUUCUUAGUAUUAGUCUAGUCUCUGGCAAAUGCAACAUCUUAAGCCAUGUGUAUGACCUGGUAGCUAGUUUGGACUUGUCAGGAUGAAGGGUUCAAAUCAUUCCUUGGACAUUCAUUUCACAAUCAUAGGCAAGUUAUAGAGAACCUCUCUGACAUUG